CAUAGAUGGAUUGUGCAAGGCUAGAGGCGCAUCAUAAUUUGUGCAAUUACGUCGUAUGCUCAGGUGGUAUGGCCUUCUAGAAUUUGUCAACCCAACCCCAACCUUCAUUCGUGUACAAUUAUUCCUACUCUCUUUUUCAUCCUGCUUCUGGUCAUCCCGAGUCCUGGUCCUUCACCAGCAAACUCGCAAUGCUGCGCAGCGCUACCAAGAGCGCAGUACGAAAGGGUGUGACCGAGAUCUCCCAAUAUCCCAAGCCAGGCAAUAAACUGCACGGCUUCACGCUUUUACGUUUUAAACAUGUACCCGAGCUCGAGUUGACCGCAUUGCAUCUGCAACACGACAAAACCGGUGCAGACUAUCUACAUGUCGCUCGGGAAGACAAGAACAAUGUCUUUUCUAUUGGCUUCAAGACGAAUCCACCCGAUGAUACAGGAAUUCCUCAUAUCCUCGAGCACACAACACUAUGUGGAAGUGAAAAGUAAAGCGCAAUUCAUCUUAGUUGAUACCAUGUAUAUUAAUUUCUCGUAGAUACCCAAUCCGCGAUCCCUUCUUCAAGAUGCUGCCUCGAACUCUUUCCAAUUUCAUGAAUGCCUUUACAGCCUCCGACCAUACCUUUUAUCCAUUUUCUACAACCAACGAACAAGAUUUUAAGAAUUUAAUGUCCGUUUAUCUGGAUGCCACAUUACAUCCCUUGUUGAAGCGAAGCGAUUUCACACAAGAAGGAUGGAGAAUUGGCCCACAAAAUCCAAAGGUUGCUCUUGCAGGAGAGGCUGUAAACCCAGAUGAUUCGAAACUGGUUUUCAAGGGCGUGGUAUACAAUGAGAUGAAGGGGCAAAUGUCAGAUGCAGGAUAUCUAUAUUACAUCAGAUUUCAGGAUCAUAUAUUCCCCGCCAUCAAUAACUCCGGAGGCGAUCCUCAAAAGAUGACGGAAUUGACAUAUGAGCAAUUGAAGAAUUUCCACGCCGAACACUAUCAUCCAAGUAAUGCUAAGGUCUUCACUUAUGGUGAUAUGCCUCUGGGAGACCACCUCAAAGAGGUCAACGCGCAAUUAAGCGCUUUCAACAAGAUCCAAGGCGACUUUGAAAUUCGGCGACCAAUUGAUCUCAGCGGUGGACCCCAGAAUGUUACAGUUUCUGGACCAAUCGACCCCUUGGUUCCACUAGAUAUGCAGUACAAGACCUCAACUUCGUGGCUAUUAGGAGAUACAACUAACAUAUUGGAAAAUUUCUCUCUGGGUUUGGUAUCUGCUUUGCUUAUGGAUGGUUAUGGAUCACCUCUAUAUCGGAAUCUCAUCGAAGCUGGAUUGGGUACGGAAUGGAGUCCAAAUAGCGGCUUUGAUGGUUCAGGAAGAAUCAGCAUGUUUUCUGUGGGAUUGACUGGCGUUAAAGAGGCCGAUGUACCCAAAGUCAAAGAGGCAAUUCACAAAACAUUCAAGGAAGCGCAUCAGAAUGGAUUUGAUAAUUCCAAAAUCGACGGAUAUCUCCAUCAGUUGGAAUUGAGCUUAAAGCAUAAAACCGCAAAAUUUGGCAUGUCCCUGAUGCACAGAAUUAAGCCCCAGUGGUUUGAGGGUGUUGACCCGUUUGAAUCUCUAGCUUGGAACGAUACUGUUUCGGCAUUCGAAGCCAAGCUUGCUGAGGGAGGCUAUCUUGAAGGAAUUUUGGAGAAGUAUCUAUUGAAUGACAACACUCUCACGUUUACCAUGACUCCAUCAACAACAUACGCAAAUGAAUUAGUCGAAGAGGAGGCUACUCGACUUGCAACCAAAAUUGCUGAAGUCACGAAAAGUGCCGGAGGCGAAGCGGAAGCUCGGGCUCAGUUGGAGAAACAGGAACUAGAACUUCUCGAAGAACAAGGGAAGUCCAACACGCAAGAUCUCAGCUGUUUGCCAAGUGUAUAUGUGAAGGAUAUACCUCGACAGGGGGAGGCGGUUGAGUUAAGAACUUCAAAAAUUGACAAGGUUGAUGUGCAAUGGAGGGAGGCACCCACAAACGGUCUGACCUACUUCAGAGCAGUCAAUACUUUCGAGAACCUACCAGAGGAACUUAGAGCUCUUAUCCCACUCUUUACCGAUUCAAUAAUGCGCUUAGGGACCAAGAGCAAGACCAUGGAACAGCUAGAAGAUCUUAUCAAACUCAAGACUGGUGGUAUCGGUGCUGGAUAUUAUGUCUCUUCGUCUCCAUUUGACUUCAGGUUGUCCACUGAGGGCAUGAGCUUUUCAGGGACUGCUUUGGACCGAAACGUACCUGAUAUGUUUCAAUUGCUGCAAACACUCGUGCUCGAAACCGACUUUGAUAGUGCUGAAGCACAAUCCCGUAUCAGGCAACUUUUACAGGGUGGUGCUGAUGGAGCUGUCAACAAUAUCGCAUCUUCUGGUCAUGUAUACGCAAGAGGUGUUGCCGAAGCUGCAAUCUCACGCUACGGUCAAUUGCGAGAGCAGGUAGGCGGUUUGUCACAAGUGAAACUCAUAACAUCUUUAGCGUCAAGACCCGAAUCAGAAGGACUAGCGGAUGUGAUCGAAAAACUCAAGGCCAUUCAAAAGCUUGCCUUCUCCGGAUCCAGCACAUUUCGUACUGCUAUCACAUGUGGCAGUGAAAGCGUCUCCAGCAAUGAGGCAUUGCUACAAAAGUUCCUCUCCUCCUUACCCGGCGGUGCCGGUUCAUCUCCGGCUUCCAAAUCCCCCGAACUGUCACGAAACUCCAAGACUUUCUUCCCUCUCCCAUACCAAGUAUACUACGGUGCUUUGGCCCUCCCAACCGUCUCGUAUACCAGUCCUUCUGGUGCCCCUCUACAAAUCCUCUCCCAACUUCUCACCCAUAAACAUCUCCACCACGAAAUCCGCGAAAAGGGUGGUGCUUAUGGAGUAGGAGCCUACUCUAAGGGCCUCAACGGCGUCUUUGGAUUCUACUCUUACCGUGACCCCAAUCCGGAGAAUACCAUGACCAUCAUGCGAAACGCAGGCCAAUGGGCCGUUGAUAGACAAUGGUCGCCACAGGAUCUCGAGGAAGCUAAGCUGUCGGUUUUUCAGAGCGUGGAUGCGCCGAGGAGUGUGAGUGAUGAAGGGAUGACAAAGUUCCUCAGCGGCGUUACGGAUGAGAUGCAGCAGGAGAGACGGGAGCAGUUGCUUGAUGUUACGGCGGAGCAGGUGAGAGAUGUGGCGCAGAGGUACGUUGUUGACCCGCUGGCGAGGGGCGAGGGUAGUAUGGUGUUCUUGGGGGAGAAGAAGGGGUGGGUGGGGAGUGAGUGGGUGGUAAAGGAGUUGGGGAUGGAGGGGAAGCCUGAGACGGAGUUUAUUGAUGAGGAUCGUGCGUAG